AUGUCCCGCAAAUCCUCACACGACGCUGAUCUCAAGGUCUCGCCUGAUCAUGUGGAGCAGGCGCCGGCUGUUAUUCAGAUCGAGACUUUUCGGGUUCUGGGCUUGGACUCGGCCGAUGCAGACUUUUACAACAACUACGAGGAGGAGAAGCGAAAGAAGUUGACUCGCAAGAUUGACUUUCGACUCAUUCCCAUGCUGGCCUUUCUAUACUUGAUCUGUCACAUUGACCGUGCCAACAUUGGAAAUGCCAAGAUUGAGGGGAUGGUAGAGGACUUGAACAUGACGGGGGUGCAGUACAACAUAGUACUAGCAAUCUUCUUUGUUCCCUAUGUUCUUUUUGAGAUACCAAGCAAUAUCUUACUAAAAAAGUUCAAACGUCCAUCGACUUAUAUCGCCAUCAUCACCACGGCAUGGGGCACCAUCAUGACAUGCACAGGGGUGGUUCGGAACUUUUCAAGUCUCAUGGCUGUUCGCAUUCUCCUUGGUAUCUUUGAGGCUGGAUUCCUCCCUGGCGCCAUCUACCUCUGCUCGUAUUGGUAUAUGCCGAAGGACUUGGCUACUAGGAUAUCUUACUUCUACUGUGCCAGCGCUCUUUCCGGAGCAUUCUCGGGACUCCUAGCGGCUGCUAUUGCUGAGAUGAAUGGCAUUGGCGGACUUGAAGGAUGGAGAUGGAUCUUCAUUCUCGAGGGCCUAGUCACCGUCUUGAUUGGUAUCUCAUGUUACUUCCUUCUCAUUGACUCGCCGGCCCUCUCAACAAGAUGGCUAGAGCCGGAAGAAAUCCGCUACCUGGAGCUGUCCAUGUUUAUCAAGCAGGGAGGCAAGUUCCAUUCGGAGAAACGGUUCCGCUUCAAGGAUCUCAAAAUGGCCGCAAAGAACUGGAGAAUUUAUACACAGGCUUACUUCCUCUUUGUCCAGUCGGCACUUUCUUAUGGAACCAAAUUCACCCUACCCACCAUUUGUCAGGCGAUGGGCUUUACCAACACAUAUGCCCAGCUGAUGUCGGCGCCUCCGUAUGUUGCCGCUGCAAUCUCAGCCAUCACGUUUGCAAAGAUGUCGGAUAAGUUCUACUGGCGUAUGCCUUUUGUGGCUACGCCCAUGGUCAUUUGUGCUGUCGGAUAUGCAAUCUUCCUAGGCCUCAACGGUGCUCUGGCGACUCAGCGCGGCCUCGCGUAUUUCGCUGCCAUUGUGGUGUGCAUUGGCAUCUACCCGAUCCAACCAGCAGCGGCGGCGUGGAAUGCAAACAACAUUGCGCCCGAGACGCGCAGAGUCAUUGCCAUUGCCAUGAACAACUGUGUCGGGAACACUGGUGGCAUUGUCGGCAGUUUCAUGUACAUUGAUUCCGAGAAGCCAAAAUACCACACGGGUUUCGGACUGGGACUGGCUUUGGCUUCUACAGGUCUCCUCAUGGCCUUCUUCCUGGAAUGGUCAUAUAAGAGAGGAAAUGUACAGAAAGCAAAGAUCACGGAAGAUGAGGUACGAGUCCGGUACACGGAAGCCGAACUGAUGGAUAUGGGAGACUCGUCGCCGCUCUUUAGAUAUGUUCUAUGA